AUGGUCACUGAUCAUCCGAACGAGGAGGAAGACGUGGAGGCAGCCAAAUACCCUUUCCUAAUUUGGCAUCUCAAAGCCCUCAUAACUGAUUGGUUUCCAUCUGGAUACUGUUUCUUUUUCAGCGGUCCUUGGAAGUCGACGCCCGGAGCUUCACAGGAGGCUGCCGUAGCGGCUGCUGCUGCCGAGGCCUUCAGUGUGGUUCGGCACUGGUUCGCGAGUCCGUGUUCCCGCGCGUCUGAGCCAACGUCGGCAAGUGGAACCCCCAGCCCCCUGUUGCCACCCCCGCCGCCACCACUAGCCAACCCCUUCCUGCCGCCCUCACCAGCGACCUGGGGCCUCGGCUUUCAACACCAGCAGCCGCAGCCUUCUGGCCAUCGCAGCAGCGGCUUCGUGCCCGCCAGACCCGGGUCGCGGACCGCACAGACUGGCAGCGCAUCCUUCCUGCGCGGUGGCAAGAAGCGCUCGCAUUCGCAAUCCUCCGUCAACGACUUGGACAUUCCUAGCCUUACGCGCAGUUCACAGGGCUCCUUGAAUAUGCUCCAGGCGAUGCAGACGUCGCGGAGUGGCGUCUCCAGCAUGGGCGGCUCCUACGGCCACCUUUCUGCGGACACACAACCGUCUGUGGAUACUGCCAGCUACGAUAACUGUCUGCCCAAAGCCCGGUUGUGCCUCUGUGGAGGAACAGGCAAACCCCUUUUGGAAGACGACCGUUCUAAACGCGGAGGAGUGUGGAUUUUGGCGGUGGUUAUUGGUCUUCAGCUUAGAAAUUGGGCAAGCGCAGCACCUCACUCGAGCAUGCAGCUGUGUGAAGCCUUUUUCUGCUCGGACAGGCCACCCAAAAACUCUCCCGAAUCUACUUUGUCUCAGUGUUUGGAAGAAAGUGGUGGAAGGUGGAAAUGGGGCUUCACUGGGCGCGAGUCCGGUGCCAAUUUUCGACCGGCGAACGAGCACCAACAGCACAGACAACUCAGUUUUCGGCAACUCUCCGCAACAGCCCACUGCCUCCGCGGGUUCAGCAGGUGGCGGCGGCGGUGGUGGUUUCGCACCGAUGGUCACACCGUCGUCGAUUUCACGGCGGGCAAUGCCUCUUCGAGGCACGCCGAGGCAAGCGACCUCCUGUGGUACCCCCAACAGCAGCGGCAGCAGCACAGGCAGUCAGGCUGGCGGCGUCUACCCAAACCCCACUUCUUCCACCGCCGCCGCGGCUACUACCAAUCCCGCGUCCUUCUUCUACCCUUGCACCUCUGUCUCCUCCGGCGUCGGCGUUUUUCCCGGCUCUGCAUUCCAUGGCUGUUCGCCGCAACUCGACAAAUCGAGUAUGCAUUGUUUUAUAAUGCAAUGACAACGACGUGCGGUUACCAACAUGGUGGUUCUGUGUCGAUGGACACCAACAUGUCCAAGUUGGUCAGGUGGUAUUUUCAUCGUGACCCCAAGGACGCGGAAAGCAACUCUGCCGUUGCUAUGGCAUUUGCAGCGGCCGCUGCUGCCGUUGCCGUGAAUUUCGGUGGAGGAGGUGGCAGUGGAGGUGGUCCUCCUGUGAGUCACCACGGCUGGCUCCCAAAGGCCUGCGGUUCGGAUCCCGCGUCGGCAGCCGCCACCAGCUCCUCCUCCGACGGUUCCUCGCCCGCCUCGGCGCCAGGCAUCGCGCCUCCGCUCUUUUCGCGAAAACCCCAACCACCUCCAGCCAAUUUCAUGCUUUCGCCCCAGGCCAUGAUGUUGUACCACAGCGCCUUCCACAAGUCCACCAGCACUGCUGCUGCCGCCGCCGCCGCCGCCGCGGCACCCUUCUAUCCGCGUGCUCAGCCUCAAGACGCCUUUCCGCCGCCCAACUACGACUGGUGGCUGAACCGAAGCGGGUACCCGCCUCGCAAGGACUCAUGCGUGCCGCCCGUGACGACAAACACAAACGGCGAUUCGUCCACAACUGGAGGUGGCUCCCUGAAGGGGGAGGACCUUUCUACCUCCGCGACGUCGGCCGCCAAGCCUAUGAAAUUGGAAGGCGGGAACGCCUCCGUAGCCGCUUUGAUGGCCGGCGAAGAGGCCGGUUGCAGUGACGACGAGGAAGAGUUGAUGGAUGAGGAUGGUAGAAUUCCACAAGAAGGCGAUCCCGACUUUGUCGAGACGACCUGUCGAUGGGGCAACUGUCAGUGCCAAUUCGACUCCCAAGACGAACUUGUAAAGCACAUCAGCAAUGAGCACAUCGCGGGGAACAAGAAGAGCUUCGUGUGUUUCUGGCGUGAAUGCGUGCGUGGAGCACGACCCUUCAAGGCGCAGUACAUGCUCGUGGUGCACAUGCGACGUCACACCGGAGAGAAGCCGCACAAGUGCAUCGUGAGUGCCCUGAUUUCCUUGCUCUUCGAAAUGCAUGCGCCUCACCUCCCUCUCUGCCGCCUCUGGCAGUCUGUUGAAGCAGAAGGUGGCAGGCCGAGGAAGGGGGGUGGGGCGGGCGGCAGGCAGUUCGACGGGUGCUCGAAGCGAUACUCUCGAUUGGAGAACCUGAAGACCCAUCUUCGAUCGCACACCGGUGAAAAACCCUACCAAUGCGAGGUCCCAGGCUGUAACAAGGCCUUCAGCAAUGCCUCUGAUCGUGCCAAACAUCAGAACCGCACCCACAGCAACGAAAAACCCUACGUCUGCAAGGUGGUUGGCUGCUCCAAGCGCUACACCGAUCCCAGCUCGCUGCGGAAACACGUCAAGACUGUUCACGGUGCCGAAGUAUACGCCAACAAGAAGCACAAAGGCGAAAGCUGGAGCAGUCGUUCCUGUGGAGGCACUGGGUUGAGCGCAGCCUUUCGAAGUUCCGGUGGUGGCGGAGGCGGAGGAGGGGGUGCAAGGGAGGAAUCCAAAGGUCCCACCGAUGGUCUUUCGUUUUUUCACGACCGACGAGGAAAUGGGGCGCGUGGUGGCCGAGGCGGUGGACCCAAAGGCGGCGGCCACAAAACGUCCGGAAGCAGUUCUGGAGCCUUUCCCGAGGGAACAGCGGCGAUCCCCCCGCAAACCAUGAACCGGAGCAUGUACCCUCACUCGUACCACCAGAACGUCCUUGCCAUGCAGCAUCAUCAGCACGCCUACUCCAACAGCCACGACCACCAUCACUUUCCGCAUGAUGCCGCACAGCGCGCGGCUUCGGUAAAACGGGAGAACUUGGCAGGCUGGGAUCCGCAUCACCAGCAUCAGGCGUGGCCCUGUGAUUGGGCUCAAGGCCAUCCAAGGGUCGGUGGUGGUGGUGUUGGUGGCGGUGGCGGUGGGUACUCCGCGUCCAGGGGCUGGACGAGUCCUCGAGUUGGCGGCGCGUACCAGGAACCGCGGUACGGCGAUGGCUACGACGUCCUCAUGAGCCAAACCGCCAAUAUUGAGCAUUCUGCCGCAAGGUUUGUCGGCGGUGGCGUGUUGGGACUUAGUCGGACGCGUUACCACCAUCCACAGCCGGUGCCCCCACAGACCCAGUUCCGUUCCUCCGUCGUGUCGCAGGCCACCUCCUGUCCUUCCUUGGUGACCGACGCGAAUGUGCCCGCGGCCUUCUCUCCAACGCCUCUUUUUGCUUCAUUCAAACCGGAAGAUUCAAGGGGCGCUUUCCCCCGGAGCAUGCGUCCCCAGAACCCCAUCAAAUCCGAAGCGGGAAUGCGCUAUCCCGGUGCUACCGCGCCUCCUUCCAAUGGUGGUCAGAAGAUGGACAUGGUCGAUAGCUCGGCUGCAAAGGAUGCGGGCAACUCUCUUCUUACCGCAGAGUCCGGAGGUCAGUCAGUCUACCUGCAGAUGGAUGAUGCGUUCUUGAAAUUUCGGAUUUUACUAACUGGGUUUAUUGCACCUUCAGAUCGAUGGCACAUGAGCGGAGGGAGCGCAUCGUCAGGUGUUGGUUCGGGAUUAACAAACCUCACGCAAGAUAGCGGCUACCCGGAGAGUGACCUUCGACCCGGUAUUGCCACGCCCACAACACCCACUCCCGUAAAGGACAACCCCGGUGGAGAGCCUUUCCAAAGAGCCGUGAAAACUGACGACAAACUGCUCGCGUGGGACGCCGCCUCGCAACCGCCGACUGGCGCAAGUCAGCCCCUGCCAGAACAGGCCGCCCAGUUGAGCACGACCAGCUCCCAAGUGAGCAGUGGGCUCGGUUCGAUGGUGGGUUCCGCCACCGGAUCCAGCAGCUGCGGAGGUGGCGAUGGCAGCGUGCGUCAAAGUCGGAUCUCCGCGCAGCCCCUCCUAUCCACGGUGGAGGCAACCAACAAGAUGGCGUUUUGGGAGAGUCGCGCCGACCGGGAAGGCGGCUUCACCAGCGAUUCAAGUUGUCUUUUCUCCUUGGCGUCAUCACAAACUACUGUGAGCCGGGGAACCGAUUUCGGCCAGGCACGUGGGUCUGUGGCGUCUUCCUUCACUGGCGCGCCGUACUCCAUCAACAAUUGGAGUGAGAACCAAUCCGAGGCGGAGUUUCUUGGUCAAACAGCGCCGAGAAACGUUGAAGGCGGCUACAACCCCUCCCUGUGGCCUGCUGGUAAUUCUUCUGGAUAUCUUGGUGCCACAGGCUACAACGCAUCAGCAGCGCCAGCAGGUUCGGAGCAGGAUGCAUCUUUACGAAACUGCGGAGUCCCGAACAAUAGCGACUGGGCCCGGGCGUACCCCGGUCAGGCCUGCGGCUACCCGGAUUACAAUUUCGGAGGGCAAAGCCAGCCUCUCAGCUACCCGCUGUACCCGUCUGAGCACCAGUCGAAUGUGUAUCGGGGCUACACCGGAUGGAAUGACGCGUCCAUGGCUGGCAGCAGCAACGUCGCUACCCCGACUUCUUUCAACACUCCCUACGCUGGACUAUUCACCGAAGCGAUGAACUCGCGGUUGAUGGCGCAACAACAGGGUACCAAUCUAGAGGAGCUCCAGCCCGCAGUCACCUCGUCUGGUGGCUUCGGAUUUGGGAUCAGCACGUCGGCAAGUUACGAUCCCCUCAACAGCAACCUCGUCGUCUGCAGUAUGCCUCCACUGUUGCAGACGGAGGCCGCCUCCGGGAUGUAUCCUGCCGCGUUCAAUUAG